AAUGUCUCGCUGGUUCGAACUGACUAAUACGCGGGUGUCGACCGACUGCAUAAGCGUUUACGCAUGCGUAAUGUAAUGGCGGCCUGCAUCGGAAGAUUGAAAUCAAUGAUUAAAUGUGAUAAAUCCGUAUCGCGUACUCUGACCUUUGUUUUUUGAGCUCUCUGAUACAAUAAAUCCUGGCCAGAAGCAAUCUAAGGGAAGUGUUCAUCGUAUCGAUUCAUAUGACGCCAGGUGGUUGAUUUGCUGAGCGGCGGAUUUUUCUGCAAUUUACAGUUUAAGAUGAAACAAAAUGAAUUUUGAAUCUGAAGAGUGGAUACCUCGUUGACUCUCUGUUUUUCUUCCUCUCAAAAGGAAAUAUCUUUAACAUAUCGAAGUCCUUUUAUAUGUAUCAGUAUCCGCCGUUCUUUUAUUUAUUUUUAUGUCUUCGUUAUGUAACACGGUUUUCAUCAGGCCCAGUGCGGUUGUAGAGUCUGGGAUGUUCAUUGUCUUUGGGUCCACCUGAAAGAGUCGAUUUUAUUUGCUUUUCUCAAGUCGAGGACCUUGUUCUAGUUCUUAGUUGGAUUUCUUGACUGUUUAUUAUCAUGGCCAGCGUUCACGAGAGUAUGUUUUUCAAUCCUAUGAUGGCCAACGGUGUGGUUCAUGCAAAUAUUUUUGGCAUCAAAGACUGGGUAACUCCACACAAAAUCUCAAUUCUGGUUUUGUUGCACGAAAUGGCUACUUGUAAAGGACAAGGAACUCCAGAAAUCGAAACUAGACGUCUUCAUAUGAAUAAAUUGAAUUUACCAUUGCUGCAGGGCCCAGAUAUGACAUUAUUUCAGUUGCUUAAGACUAUUGGAGAAUGCUGCCCUAAACUUGCAAGUGCUGUCAGUACAAGAGUAAAAUUAAUGGCUGAAGGCGAGUUGAAAGAUAUGGAAAACUUCUUCUCUUCCCUUCAGAAUGUUUUCAGUGGGACAGAACCAGCAGUUCACAAGACUAGUGUCAUAGGUUUGUUCUUGAGGCACAUGAUCUUGGCUUACAACAAACUGUCCUUCAGUCAAGUUUAUAAGCUUUACACAGCUUUACAGCAAUAUUACCAAAGCUACGAAAAGAUGUCUUCAGGGACUGGAGAAAGGGAAGACACAGAUAUGGAAUUAACCUCUUUAGAUUUAGAAGGAAAGAUGGAAAAAGAGGAACUGGAUUUUCCAAUAAGGGAUGAAGAAGGUAUUGAUAGAGGACCUCUAUCCCAGAAACAAGCAGAAUAUUUCCUUGCUCAACAGGCCUCGCUGUUGAAAAACAAUGAAAACAAGGCUCUUUCACCAGCUACUCUACAGAAAGAACUAAAUAAUUUACUCAAAUUUAAUCCUGAUUUUUCAGAAGCUCAUUAUUUGAGCUACCUGAACAGCCUUCGUGUACAAGACUAUUUCAGUGCUAUGCACAGCCUGCUUCAUUAUUUUGAUCGGUUGAUCCUUACUGGCAGUGAUAGCAAAAGUAGCGGAGAGGAUGGAUUUGGACGAAGUUUACGAUAUGCAGCACUCAAUCUGGCUGCUUUAAACUGUAGAUUUGGCCAUCAUGAGCAGGCCCAGUUUGCUUUACAGGAAGCUAUUCGUAUUGCACAAGAAUCCAGUGAUCACGUUUGUUUACAGCACUGCUUGAGUUGGCUCUAUAUACUAGAGCAAAUGAAAGGAUCUGAUAAUGCCGUUCUUGUUGAACAUUCUGUGAAAAAGGCUGGACAGCUUGGCUUACCUUAUCUAGCAUCUCUGGGCAUCCAAUCACUAGUGCAACAAAGGACCUUUUCUGGAAGGUCAGCUAACAAGUUAAUGGAUGCCAUGAAGGACUCUGACAUGUUGCAUUGGAAACAUGGGCUUUCAGAGCUUAUUGAUGUGAGCAUAGCUCAGAAAACUGCAAUUUGGAAAAUGUAUGGUCAAAGCACAAUGGCUCUACAACAAACACAGCUUCUUCUGUAUAUGCACACUCUGGAGUCUGUAAAUGUGGAUAUCCAUCAAAAUAACACUGAAGCAAUGGCUGUCGUACUUUGUCACCUGGCAGAACUUCAUGCAGAACAGGGCUAUUAUUCAGCUGCUUCUGAAAUCCUAAAGCAUUUGAAAGAUCGGUUUCCUCCCCACAGCCAGCAUGCAAAGCUCUGGAUGCUGUUUGAACAAAAUAUACAGUUUAAUCGAGCAAUGAGUGAUGGGAAAUAUCACAUAGCUGACUCCCUCGUUCCUGGAAUAGCAGCCCUUAAUGGCCCAGAAGGACUGUAUAGGAAAGCACUUGUGCUGAAAGCUCAGAAUCAGAUCACAGAAUCCUACAGACUUCUACAAAAGUUGUUGGUCCAUUGUCAGAAGAAAAAAUCUACAGAAAUGUUGAUAAAAAUUCUUAUUUUGGAGGCUGAGCUUUUCUGGCGUUCCUCAUGUCAUGCGGUCGCAGUUCCUUUGCUUCUAAAAGCAUUGGCACUGAGCCGAGAAUAUCACUUAGAAUAUCUAACCUCGGAAGCCAUCUUACAUUUGGCAUUUUCACAGCUGCUGCUUGGAAUUCCAGAACAAGCUUUGAAUCUACUGUAUAUGGCUAUUGAACCCAUUCUGGCUAAUGGAAUAGUCUUGAACCGAGGGUGUGCUAUGUUGCUGUUGGCAAAAUGUCAAGUCGCUUCUGCAGCCUCUGCUCCUACUCAAGAAAAAACUGAGGCUUUCGAAUCAGCAAUCAAAAAUCUGAAUGAAGCAAAGAUAUAUUUUGAGAAAGCAGAUUGCAAUGAGCGGAUCCAAGAAGUCCUUUACUUACAAGCAAGGCUGUACAACGCUCUUGGCAAGGUGAAGGAAAGAAAUAAAUGUGCUAUGAUGUUUCGCCAGCUACACCAGGAGCUGCCAACCUAUGGCGUACCUCUUCUUUCAUAGUACAUGAUGCAUUUAAAUCAGCAACUUAAUUUGAAGGAACUCGUCACAGCAAACUUUACUAAACUUCAUAUAACAGAAGCUAACAGUUAAAGUAUCCUUGAUUUGUCUUUAGAAGUUGAAAAUAUCAAAUUCAUCUUUUUUAAGGAAAAUGAUGGAACAGUGACCCCUCUAUAUUUACUAAUGAGUGCAUUCUCAGUCAUGGAGUUGGAUGCUGGGCAGCACUUGCAUUGUAACAGGUUUAUUUACUAAGCAAACAAAGAAUUUCUGCAAACUACACACACAAUGCAUGAUCAAAAUUACCAUAGUCUCCACUUAAAAGCAAGAUCAUUUCUCUAGCAAACUGCAGUAAGUGGAGGAUGGUUAUAUAUUACAAAUUUAUUAUUUCUGUCAUAAAAAGAGACCAUAUAUAAUACAAAUUAAUUAUUUCUGUCAUAAAAAGAGUUGAUCUGUGUGCAUAAACUGAAUCCAAGUCCCUUAAAGGGAGUGUGGCCAUCAGACAUAAUUAAAGGGGAACUAUCUAUUCAGCUUUAUGCUGUCUGGGACCUGCUAUUUGACCAUAAAGUAACUGAUGAUUGAAUUUUAAGUUAUUAGAUUUGCAGAUUGAAUCUAGUCAAAGAUCGUAACUUCUUGAUUUUCCUUUCAAGGUUAGCAGCCCAAUGUAUUUAAUUAAAUAUGCGUAUUAAAAUGUGUUUGGGGUAAAAGGGAAUGGAGGAGACAUACUAAAAUGCUCUGUUCAUCUGAGUUUGAAUAUAUCAAGACAAAUAAGUUGAAAUUGUCAGAGUGCCACUUUACCUAGUUCUCAGUUUAGGUUUGCAAGAGCAAACAGGGCAUAAAUUGAUAUUAAUCUGACGUCAAGGGAGCAUGAGGACUUCAAAUUAAAUUGAAAAAUUAUCAUUGUGUCUUAGAAACUGUUAUUCUAAUGUUACAUUGAAGCAAUACCGAAAGUGUUCUAUAAUGCUUUUAAAUAAUUUGAUAACUGAAACUAGAGUGCAUUUCUGAAACUGCAGAAUAUUUAUUAUUUCCUAUGGCAACUUAAAA